GUCAUGGAGCUUUGCAGCGGGAAAGAAUUGUACGAGCGACUUGCGAAGAAGAAGAAAUACUCGGAGCGAGACGCUGCACGGAUUACGAUGCAGAUGCUUGCUGCUGUCAAUUACUGCCACCAGCAUUCGAUCUGCCAUAGAGACUUGAAGCUGGAAAAUUGGGUAUAUCUCGAUGAACGAGAAGAUGCUCCUCUUAAAUUGAUUGAUUUUGGGUUUAGCUGCUUGUUUAAGCCGAACAACUUGAUGAGCGCGAUGCACGGCACUGUGUAUUACGUGGCUCCCGAAGUCAUGGACGGCAAAUAUGACCAGCUGUGCGACGUCUGGAGUAUUGGCGUCAUUGUUUACAUGCUGCUAUCUGGCACUCCUCCUUUCGCCGGAUCGACGGAUCAAGAGAUUCUCGUCAAGAUUCGACGCUGUCAAUACACCUUCGAGGGGCCUAGAUGGCAAGGCGUGUCGCCUCAAGCGAAGUGUUUUAUCUCGGGGCUGCUCAAGCGAAAUCCUCACGAACGGCUGUCUGCCGCCCAGGCACUCUCUCACCCUUGGCUAGCUGCGACUGAAACGGAGCUAAGGAGCCACCCCAUCAAUCUGGAUGUCUUGAAAUGCAUGCAGCGAUUUGCGGCGUGCUCCAUCAUACAGCGGGCUGCGCUCGGUUUAAUUGCAUUGUCGAUGCCUAGCAGCAAAGAUCUCGAGGAGCUUGAGCGCCUCUUCUGGGCUUUAGAUGCGGAGGGAACAGGAACUAUUCGAGUUGAGGGCCUGGUCGAAACUCUUGUGGCGAAGCUCAACAUCCCUGAGGCAGAAGCUCUGCAUAUAUUUCAGAGGAUCGAUCAGACAGGCGACCAGGAAAUUAACUACAGCGAGUUCUUGGCCGCUACGUUUCAAACCCAAGUGGCUCUUAGUCAGUCCCUCAUAAGAGAGGCUUUUGAGCGGCUUGACGCUGAUCACAGCGGGGAAAUCAGUUUGGCGAACUUGCGGCAAAUUCUCGGUGAUUCUUACGGGGGGCUCUUGGUGGAAGAUAUCCUCGCGCAGUGUGACAUAAAGAAGAAUGGAGUCAUCGACUUCGAGGAGUUUAUGACUGCCCUUGUAGGGACGGAGAGCAGCUCCUCUCCAGGAGGAUGUCUGCUUCUAAAGCUGCCACGGGCAGAGCAGUCGCAAGUCCUCUCCAUAGUAGAAAGGAACCUCUCUGGGCUGGCGAACGUGAGGAAGCAGUCCCUUUCAUCCGAGUUAAGCCAGCAGCAGCAGUCGAGCAGCAGCAGUAAGGCGGCAAGCGAAUCGGCGGGGGAUGAGGCAGCUACCACUGCAGCAGCAGCCAAUGCAGCAGUCUCACGAGGAGAGGGGAAGAGGCGUGGAGCAAGCGUCCAGGCGGCAGCAAACUCCGCAGCUGCUGCAAUUUAG